AAUAGCAGUCCAUUGCUGUUACACUAUGUAGUACUGAAUGUACGGUACGCACGGGUAAAAUAGUAUUUCUGCUUCGUUGGAUAUAUAACUACUGUCAUAGAUAAGCAAACAAUUUACUUCGGAUCAUUUGAAAUCAAGUUAAUGAUACAUUUGCAAGCUGUUGUUAGUUUCUGAAAUAUUAAUGUUCAUGUGCAAUAGAAAAAUAGAUAAUUAACUCGCCUGAAUUAAAAUAGAUAAAAGGUCUUAAAAGUUUUUAACCUGCAAAUUGUAUAAAACUUAGGUUAUUUGCUAAAACUUUGGUACAUCAAUAUGCUGGAGCCAUGGAAUGAUGCUUCUAUUCUUCCUCCACCUAUACACACCUCUAAAUGUAACAGUGAUGUUGAUGUGCGUCAACUAUCACAUACUUGUAAAAAUAUCAUCAAGGUUCUAUCUAAGCAGUCACCCCUUCAUAGAGAAGCUGCAAUCUGUUCCCGAUUUCUCUACAAAUUCGACAAAAAGUUCCGCAAUGAUAUCGGAUAUAGAAACUUCAAAAAAGUCAACACUGCAUUAAGGAAAUAUUUAGGGCUAAACAUAUUAAAAGAUAUAGAAAGUUUUCAUUCGGUUUUGCCUACAGAUGAUGACCAAUAUUUACCAACGAGGCAGAUGCUGGAAUAUGUUUUAGUGAGAUUAUUGUCAUUCUCUAAAAUAAUGGAAAGAAUUUGUGUUUGUUCAAAAGUAGCAGCUGUAUUCUACCUUGAUAGAGUAAAGAGAGGAGAAAGUCACUGGAUGUCACUAAUGCCAUUUGCCCUUCUGAGCAGAGUUUGGUCAAUGAGUACUGUACUGUUGCAACAUUCAUGUAAUUGGUAUACAAACUUACAAUCUUUUCUGGAUAAGCUAAAAUUAAAAGGAUUAAAUUUUUUGCCAGCUGACUACAUGCUGCCCAAUAACAUAGAGGAGUGGUUAGAUAUGAAGAACCUAGAUAAUGUUGGAAGAUUCCAAUGGUCACAAAAGAAAGACAUAGAAAUUGAUCAGUCUCUUGUUGAAGAUGAAGAAGGGGAUACUUUUGACAAUAUUUUAGAUUUUGUGAACCAGAUAAAUGAAAAUAUUCUUGAGGAGGAAGAACCUAUGACAAUUUCAGUGCCAGAUAAAACUAAAGAUGCUAAAACCCUUCAAGUUACAAAUACUGCUGUAGAUUUUGGAGAAAAGAUAUCUAGAGAUAUUUUCAAAAACUUUUUCAAGCCUAUUGAAGAAAAGAUUAUCCAUACAGCUGAACGAGUUACAAAUAAAGAUUCUUUGAAUAAGUUUAUGUUGAAAGAAGAAAAGUUCAGAAAUGAGAACAGUAAUCAAUCACUAACAAAACAUCUCAGUUUUAUGCAGUGGCAAGCUCUGAGAAGUUCUUUACUUGCAUUGCAAGAAUCCCUUUCUAACAAUAGAAAAAUAGAGAAGCGAUUUAAAAAAAUAUGGCAGGAGAAAUGUUUAGAUUAUAAAUAAAAAAUAUAACUUUUGAACUUUGUUUACUAUAAAUAAAUAUUUACAAUAACUUUAAA